AUGUUCAAUAAAAAACAUUUUGUUUUUACUGAUAUCCCUGAUCUUUCUGGCAAAGUUGCGAUAGUAACUGGUGGAAAUACUGGUAUAGGUAUCGUAACUGCUAGAGAAUUGGCUCGCAAAAAUGCUCAUGUAUUUGUUGCAAGUCGCAAUAAAGAAAGAGGUGAAUCUGCUGUAGAAUUGAUAAAGAAAGAUACAAAUAAAGAUUCUGUUGAGUUUUUGCAAUUGGACCUAACAAGUUUAAAUGCUGUUAAACAUGCUGCUGAAACUUUUUUGGCUAGAAAAUUACCAUUACAUAUUCUAGUUAAUAAUGCUGGUAUAAUGGCAACCCCGUUUGAACAAACUCAAGAUGGAAUUCAAGACCAGUUUGGUGUUAAUCAUAUUGGCCAUUUUCUUUUUACACUCUUAUUGCUACCAACUAUCAAGGCUUCAGCUCCAUCACGUAUUGUCAAUGUUAGCAGCUAUGGUCAUAAUAUUGUUCCAUCAGAUGGAAUAGAAUUUGACAAAUUGAACGAUCCAAAUGCUCAUACUGCUUUUCAACGAUAUGGCCAAUCGAAACUUGCAAAUAUUUUAUUUACUCUUGAACUUAAUAAAAGACUUUCAGAGACCAACGUUUAUUGUAAUUCUGUUCAUCCAGGUAGCAUAAAUACAGAACUAACCCGUGGAAUAGUUGAUAAUUGGGGUUCUUGGAUAAAACCAAUUCUUUCUGUGAUUAAUUUAUUUUUGUUAACACCUGAUGACGGAGCAUUAACUCAACUUUACUGUGCUACAAGUCCUGAAAUUGAAGAAAAAAAUUACCGUGGAAAAUAUUUUAUACCUUUUGGUGAAUUAGGUGAAACUUCUGAUCAUGCCAAAAACGAAGAAAUGGCUAAAAAAUUGUGGGAUUUUUCGGAAAACUUUGUCAAAGAAAAAUUAGGUGAUGACAUUUUUAGUAAACAUUAG